GUCUUUCUUGUGUGCGCUGCUGAAUGCGAUGCCUCUCCGAAUGUUCGAGACCGACCCUACGCAGUUGAAAAUAUACCUAGAGAUCGAGAGAAUCCAGUGAACAUUUCAUUUCACACAAGUCCGCCCCCGACAUCCCGCCUACGUGGCCAGCAAAUUGCGAUUCCGCCGCCGUUCCCUCCCCGCUCCGCGCCGCUGCAUAUCAAAGGCCUUCUUCAUAUAAGAAAGGAGGGAGGAGGCUCAACCGCUCAAGGAUCUAUCAUAUUCCAAAUCCCAACGUUGCAUCCGAAAUGGAUAACCCCGAAGCCCCUGGCGGAAAGCGAAAGCGUAGUAUAUCCACGGCCAUGCCUCAACAAACAAGACAGCCAUUGCAGCCCCAAACGCCAGGCAAUGCUCCUCAAAUAAACUACCUGGCGAAGGCGAGAAGCGGCAAGAUGAGGUUGAUAGAAGGCGACGCAGAUGAUUUCGGUAACAUUCUCGGCCUCAUUGACGAUUACGAAGGGGUGCUCCAACGCCAUGAGAGUCUCGCCGCAAAUUUGGGGGCGAAGCUUGUUGGCCCACUCCUCUUGAAAUCUGUCGAGAAACUCUUUGAGGGCCCAAUUAAAGUCACGACGACUUAUCCCGGUGAAGCUGUACCUAUAACCUGGCUCGAUGUCCUUGAUUUUGCAAGAUCAACGCCCCAAAAUUUUGUUCUAAGCGAGUCAAGGAGCGGUGGCAGAGUAUGCCAGUUUUGGAUCAAUCAAUGUAGCGUUGAGAUAUCAGAAGAUGACUACAGAUUGAUUAUAUCAGGCGCACCAGAGAGAAUGCUUCCAACUCAGCCGAUUGUUGAUGAUGAAGUUGCAGAAGUUGGCACAAUGGAUAUCCUAGAGCAGCGCCUUUCAAUGCUCAUAAAGCGGGCUGACCUUGUCGCGGCUCGAGCGAGGCAGUUGAAUUACCACCUCAAAGGGAGAAAAUCUGCUAUAGCAAGCCGCCGCACAGUAGCACAAUCACCCGAACAAACUGGUGCAAGCUCAUCGGCCCAGUUCAUGACAAACCAGACGCAGGCUUCCACAAACAAUGGUGAGGGCCGCUCAAUCCACCUUGAUUUGCUUCGGCAAUUCCAACAUGAUGAUCGAAAGGGGAUGCCAUCACGCAUUAAGGGUAGCCAUUCUCAAACAGAUGCUACAGGCUCGCCAAUAUCGGGAGGAUCUCCGACGCCAACCAGCUUUGGCAGGCGCGUCACUGCGCCAAUGCCUUCUGGAGCCGAUGAUGGAACCGGGGGACAGUAUCGACCUUUGAUCGCCGCCAGGAUAGAAAAAAUGAACCGGAACGACCCAAUAUGGCCUCCAUGUGAUCGAUGCAGGCGCUUACGUAUGGAAUGCACCAAAUACCUUACAGCCUGUGGCGGCUGUACAAAGAAACAUGCGAAAUGUUCCUGGCGAGAUAUCACAGAAGAAGAAAUUGCGUUCCUGAUCCAGAUCCCAGAGUCCUCUAUUGAAAACGAAGAUGGAGCUCUUGAAGUAGCAGACAUGAAUGCUAACCUGGAUCCAGACUUACGUCUUAUGAAUGGCGGAGGGAUGCAUCUGGGCGGUCAUGGUAGUGAGGGUCUUAUUGGCCCUGGGGAAGGCAAAAGAGGGGAUGUUUUAACAGAUGAGCACUCUAUCUUGACACAGAUGGCAUCCGCCGCAGCUACCGAGGGAAACCGCUAG